AUGAACACUGUCCUUUCGUAAGUCUCUCUCUCUCUCUUUCUUUUCAAUUUGUUUCGACAAUCGAUUCGCUUCUCUAUUUCAGUCUGCUCUUCGCCGGAUUGGCGCUCUCCUCGGCUCAGGUGGCCAUCAACGGACCAUUCUUGGGACGCUACUACGUGCCGGCGAAGCCAGUGUUGGCGCCAGGAGUUGCUCCACUCGCUGCUCCAGUCCUGGCCGCCCCGGCUCCUCUUCUCGCGCCACCAGCGCCAGUGCUCGCCGCCCCGGCUCCACUCCUCGCUCCACCAGCGCCAGUCUUCGCCGCUCCGCCACCAGUCUUCGCGCCACCAGCGCCAGUGCUGGCCGCCCCGGCGCCACUCCUCGCGCCACCAGUCCCACCAGUCGCCCCAGUGCUCCCGGCUUUCGCUCCACGACCGGUCUUCGCUGCUCCAGCUUUUGCUCCGGCUCCAGCAUUCGCCCCGGCGCCGGCGUUCGCCGCUCCGGCCCCAUACCUCGCCGCUCCACGACCAGUGCUCGCUGCUCCGGCUCUCGCCCCGGCUUUCGCCCCGGCGCCAGCAUUCGCCGCCCCUGCUCCGUACCUCGCCGCCCCGGCUCCGUACCUUGCUGCUCCAGCAUUCGCCCCCGCCGUCCCGGCCUUUGCCCCAGGAGCUCCAGUCGUGCCGGCCUACGCUCCAUUCGCCCGCUCUGCUUUCCUCAUCGGAGGAAACAAGGCCAAGAAGAUUGUGGAGUAA